GGCGCCGGGAGGCAGGGAAGCGGCUGGUCAGGGGCGGAGUUGGCCCGCCCUCCCCGGGCGGAGGGGUGCAAGGAAGGUGCCGCGCCGCCUUCCAAGCGGCCACUUUGAAAAAAAUGUCUCGGCCGUUUGGCCGGCUAAGGCGAGGGCGGUCGGCGAUCGCCCCAGCCUGCUGCCGCGCCGGCUUGCAGGGGGCGGCCGCGCCGCGCUAAGAGAAACCUCGAUCCAGCCUUGCCUAUCCAUCCAUCCAUCCAUCGAUUCAUCCAUGCAUGCCCCGACCCGGCUAGAAAUGUUGGCUUCCUGCCUUUUGGUGGCCCUGCUUUGCCCGGGCUUUUGGGGAACCGACCCGAAGGCGCGCAAACUAGCCGGGGAAGAGUCGGGAGGAGGUGGAGGAGGCGUCGUCGGGGAGCCGUGGUGCCCUUACAAGGUGCUGAGCGAAGGCGGGCCGGGACGGCUUUGCUUCCGCAGCCCGGCGCGGGGCUUCCAGUGCGCACCGGAGCGCUGCACGGCUCAUCGCUCGCCCGGACGCGCCUUGCUGGCCAACGUGCUCCGCAACGGCAGCGUCUUGCUGCAGUGGGCCUGGCCGGCCGAUCGCCUGCCUCCCCUGCGCGGCUUCGCCCUCUCCUGCUCGUGGGAAGGCGCCUACACGCGUUUCCAGUGCGACAGCGUGCGGCUGGGCACCGCCUGCCGGGAUUACUUGCUGGCCGACCCGCACGGCAGCGUCCGCUACCGCCUCUGCCUGCAGCCCCUCUUCGCCGACGCCAACCGCAGCGGGGCCGAGCCGGCCGAGUGCGUGGAGUUCACCGUGGAGCCGGCCGGCAUGCGGGACAUCGUCAUCGCCAUGACGGCCGUCGGGGGCUCCAUCUGCGUCAUGCUGGUUCUCAUCUGCCUCCUGGUGGCUUACCUGACCGAAAACCUCACGCCCGCCUCGGCCAAGCGGGGCAACUGAGCCCCUCCACCCCCCCCCCAACAUCCCCGGCUAUCGGAUCUGGAGGGAUCUCAUCCCCGCCUGUCGGAUCUGGAGGAAAGCCCUACGGAAGGCAAGCUCCCAACGGCCCAGCGGACCUUCCUUCUGCCACUCGGGGCAGCGGGAUUUCCAGCCCUUCCAGCUGGUGCCGGGACUACAAGUCCCGCAAGUCCCGGCCGCUGCUAAAAGCGCGUCUGGGGGGCUGAGGCAUUCUGGGAGCCGUAGUUUGGAGAGAAGCUGGAGUGUUUACAGAUUAACAAAGAGUCGGAAGGACCCUUGUAGGUCAUCUAGUCCAACCCCCGCCCAAGGAGGAGACCCUACACCAUUUCUGACAGAUGGCAGUCCAGUCUCUUCUUGAAAGCCUCCAGGGAUGAAGCUCCCACAACUUCAGGAGUUCAAGAUGACUUUUUUUUUCUCCCCGAAGAGUUUCUUCCAUUAACACACACAAACACACACACACACCUGCAGAGUCGCUUUUUGGGCUUUCAGCUUGGUAGUCUGGACCGAGCCCAUCCUGGUGGAUGGAAGACCACCAGGAGAUCUCACAGGCUCCAGGAAGACGGCAACAGCAAACUAUUUUUGUAGCACGGCUCAACAAAACUUGGCCUGGACGCAUCCAUCCUGUUGCCGGGGGAGUUGAGCUGAAGUAGGAGAUUUCAUAUUUGCCCUUUUUUGUUGUUGUUGAGCGAUGAGAAAAUUCUAGACUGUCUUAGACUGAAGGGGACGGACGAGGGCUGCUUUCUGACUUACAGCCGGCUCUUCACCUGGUCCUCCACAGUUACCUGGCGGUCGGUCACCUGGCGUGGGGGGCUCUUGGGGGAAUGACUUCUCUUGAAAGUUGUGCUGGAGUUGAUCCAGAGGUGAAGUGGUUUUCAGCUGAUGGUUGGAUUAUAUAUAAGCAGUUUCCACCUUGCGAGGAUCCGUUGGGAAUAAGAGCAGCGUGCCAAAUGUCCCAUAGUACGAGUGCAAAUUUUGCCGUGCGGCGAUUGCCGGGCUCAGACCCAGAAGCUGCUGCGGUGCAGAGAAGAAACUGUCUUCAAACUGUCCCAGCCACAUGCAUUUGAAAAGCCUUCAUCGGAAUUUGAAUCAAUCCGGAACCUCCAUUUCGGGAUCUGGAUGUAGAUUUAUCCAUGCCAGGGAAAACAGACCAUUCCUUGGGCUGCAGCUAUAUGUAGCAAUUGCCCCCAGUUUCUUUGUGUUUCUCCAAUUAUCUUGCCUUCAAACCUUUCAGUAAAUGCUCCACUUUCUCUUUAACCUUUUUUUUUUUUUUAAAUUAAGUUUCAGGCUGACUAGACAAAGAUAUUGAAUUUCUUACUUUCGACUCCGUGUCAGAGAGCUUUUAUAUAUAUAUAUAUUUGAAAUGUUUUGAGAGCUGGUUUAGAGAGGAUGAUGGGUACUUAGAAACACGUGCUUAGAUGUUGCUGUUGUUGAUGCGAAUAACAUCCGUUUCCCCCUGGAUCAUUGGUCGACUUUGCGUUGAAAUAGUUUAAAUCCAUUCUCUUGAGGUGCCUACUAUGCAAUCUUGUGCACGCCUACUCAGAAGUAAACCUCAUUAUUCAAUGAGUUUACUCCCAGGUUAGUGUAUAUUCGGUUGCAGUAGUGACCAUUUAGUUAAGUAUGCUUGGAUACCUGUUUAUGUGCUUGUGGGUGUGGAAUUGAAUAUACUGUGAAAUAUUAAUCAACCUGGAACAUAAAUACUGAGCAAAAUACGCUUAUUGCAUAAAAGUGGCAAUUACAAGUCUGGUCAAUUUCAGUUGUAACAAACAAAUGCAUUUAUUAACUUAUAUCCCAGUUUUUCUACCAUCAGGAACCUCAGAUGAGUAACAGAAAAAAAAAAGAAAAGAAAAUAUAAGCAAUUAAAAACCUGUGAAAAUGACAUUAUUAACAUUCCUCUUUGGCUUUAAUCUGAGCAGGUUUAAUAUAAUUCCCUUAUCGACAAUCCUGACUAAUACCCUAGUAUGCAGAUCCAACCUACUGUGGUUUAUUUAAUAAUUUAUGGUUAAGCAGUUUUGGGAAUCCAGAACUCUAGCUGUAACUUCGGUUUUCAGCUGGGGAUAGCUUUUAGAACAUUUUUAUAAAAUCGCAGACCAACUACUUGAUCUUCCAAAUAAAUAUAAAUAUAUAUAUAUAAAACGAGAAACUGUUACCGUGAAAGAAGAUGAUUAACUUUGUAACGAAUGACAAAGUGGGUUUCCAGCUGAAGAUGACAACAUUUCACCAUUGUAGGCAGUUUCUUGCUUUGACUUCCAUUACGGCCCCUCUGUUUUGACAUCCAAGUUCAAAACUGAAAAGAAAGAAAAUUAAAAAUCAGGACCAACCCAAGAUGUUAGUCUACUGCCGGAAGCAAAGGGCCAAAUAGUAGGAGUGAUGCUUGUUUUGUGUGUGUGUGUUUAAAAAGCACUGAUUCAUUCUAUAGCCUUUUUAUUCUGUCUCCAGACAAAAGACUGACAGAAUGAUUAAUAUUUUUUAAAAAUGCAGUUUCUACCAGCUAGUUUUACAAACCUGGGAGAAAAACAAGAUGAGCAGGGGAGGAGAAAAAAAAAUAAAAAGCCCAAAUGCCAAGUUAAAUGUUAGAAGCACCGGAUAGAACUACUAGUCUUUCAGCUGGCUGCUAUGCAGGAUGUUUAAGGGCUCUGAAAACUGAGAUUAUGCCACAGCUUUGAAUUCUAAGAAGUAAAUCCUACAACACUUGUGUCAGAUUGUCCUUCUCUGCUCUACCCCCACUGCUUCUGUGAUAGCUCCAAUGUAGCCAGGCUAUGUCAAUCAUAAUUCUGUGCCUUCAGGCUCAAUCUUGUCCCCUGCUCUUCCCAGUUAUUGAUCUACAGGAUAACCAAACACCUUCAUUACUGUAAUCGCUUUCACUAGGCGAGUUUGUGCAUUUUUAGAUUUGAUGUCCACUGAUUCUUUCUCCUUGCGUUCCUAGUGGAAACUAAGGCACCCCAACAAAUGUGUUAUUUGUUUUUAUUAUGGUUGCUAAUUGGUUUUUUUUUUAAAAUAAAUGCCUUUGAGGAGCAAAGUUUUUCUUUGUCACCGUGCAACACAAAAGAAUGGGUUGAGAGCUAUGUAAAGGAAAAGACGUUCACUUGCUCCCAGGCCUCUCCAUCAA